AUGUCUCGACCUCAAGACGACAGAAAUCAAGAAGCGACCGUGUAUUUGGGAAAUCUCGACGAGCGAUGUUCGGACGCGCUCGUUUGGGAGCUAAUGCUGCAAGCUGGUCCCGUCGUCAAUGUCCAUUUGCCCAAGGACCGUAUAUCUAUGGCACAUCAAGGCUAUGGCUUUUGUGAGUUCUUGACCGAGGAAGAUGCGGAAUACGCUUGUAAGAUUAUGAAUCAAAUCAAGCUGUGGGGAAAGCCAAUAAGGGUUAAUAAGGCAUCUUCGGAUAAGAAACAACUCGACGUAGGCGCGAACCUCUUCAUCGGAAACCUUGAUGAGAACGUGGAUGAACGAUUAUUGUACGACACCUUCAGUGCGUUCGGAGUGAUGGCAACGACAGCGAAGAUUGCUCGCGACCCUGGAACUGGAAAAUCAAAAGGCUAUGGCUUCGUCUCAUAUACAGACUUCGAAUCCUCGGACGCCGCUAUCGAGUCUAUGAACGGCCAGUUCCUCAUGAACAAAGCGAUCACCGUUCAAUACGCGUUCAAGAAGGACGGCAAGGGCGAGCGGCACGGUACGCCAGCAGAACGCCUUCUCGCUGCACAAGCCCGGAAAAACAACGCACUCCCCGUCUCCGCGCGUCCCCCGCCCGCGCCCGUGGCCUUCGGCUCCCGGCCGCCAAUGCCCGGUUUCCAAGGGCCAUACCAGGGUCAGUUCGCGGGCGCACUCGCACAGCCCCCUCCCCCGCCUGGAUUCACUCCACAGCAGACGAUCAUGCCCCAGGCAAUGCCCAUGCAGAUGUCAGGGAUGCCGAUGGGCAUGCAGCCGCCUCCAAAUAUGUCAAUGUAUGCCCCGCAAACGGGCUUUAUGCCGCCACCUCCUCCUGGGGGCUUCGUACCGCAGGGCAUGCCCGGCAUGAUGCCCGGUAUGAUGCCGCCCCCUCCCUCUGGUGGUCCCCAGCAGUACAUGCCUCCGCCGGUGCCGAUGUGA